AGAAGACACUUUUUGAGAUGUGAACUAGUUUUGUCUGAGAUGUCUCCACUGUGUCUCUUAGUGCUGGGUUACUGAGCUCUGUGGCAGUUCAGGGCCAUGAUCCUCUGCACUGUACUUGACAGCUGGCCUGUAAUGGACUACACCAACUACAGCUGCUACUGUGGACUGGGAGGCUCUGGUACACCUGAUGAUGAGCUUGACAGCAUGAUGAAUGGUUUCCCAUCUUGGACAACAGCUACACUGAAUUAUAGAGCUACAGCUGUGACAAGGCCAGCAACACCUGUCACCUGUCUGAAUGACAUUGAUUCCUGUGAGAAGUUCAUCUGUGAGUGUGACCUGAAAGCAGCCAAUGUGCAUCACAAAGGCAGACAGUAAUGAAGACCCCAAUGACCGCUGCAAGUAAGCUGAGGAUACGCAGGCAGGAGAAACA